CGCCCAUCAGCCCUCUCUUUCUCACAGUGACGGCCGCUGUUUAAGGUGCUCGGUUCUUCUGAGGAAGCUAAGGCCUGGUUACAAUCCGGCGACUAGCACCCUUUACAUCAGCCAUCCGAAUCUAGCAGAUCGCUAACUACAUCCUACAAUGGCCUCCGUGUCUGAGCUCGCCUGUAUUUAUUCCGCACUCAUCCUCCAUGAUGAUGAAGUUGCUAUUACGGAAGACAAGAUCAAUGCUCUCAUCAAGGCAGCCAAUGUCUCAGUGGAACCUUUCUGGCCCGGUCUCUUUGCAAAGGCUCUUGCCAACAUUAACAUUGGCAGCUUGAUUUGCAACGUGGGAGCCGGUGGUGGCGCCCCAGCUGCCGGAGCUGCUGCCCCUGCUGCAGCAGCAGCUGCCCCAGCUGAGGAAAAGAAAGAAGAGAAGAAGGAAGAAGAGUCUGAGGAAUCUGACGAUGACAUGGGAUUUGGUCUCUUUGACUAAAACGUUUUGUAACCAGACUUGUAAUAAAGAAAAUGUGUUAACCUGGA